AUGCCAACUAGCCCAAAGCAGCAGCAGCAGCGGCAGCGGCAGCGGCAGCAGCAGAAGAAGAAGAUGAUGAUGAAGAAGAAGAACUUAUUUGCUCCAUUGUUGUUUGGCUUGGACAACAGCCUCAGCCUCAGCCUCAGCCAGAGCUCUGGGAGUGGGCAGCCAGCAGCCAGCAGCCAGCAGCAGCAGCAGCAGCAGCAGCAGCAGCAGCAGCUACAACUGUACAUUUACAGCGGGCAAGUGUGGGGGGAGGGGGAUAGGUCGCUCAGCGUUUUGGCCGACUAUUCGCUGCAUUGUUUUGGACUGCCAGUGGCUCCUCAAUCGUGCGCGAUAUUCCGCCAAGCCUACAGCCCCCAGGCACACAGCAGCACCAGGCGGCACCAGGCAGCAGGCGGCACCAGGCAGCAGGCAGCAGGCGGCAGCAGGCAGCACUCGACAAUCGGCAGCGAUUGCCCAGCGUUUGCCAAGGGGCAGCUGCCUAGACACAAAGUUCCCACGUCCACGUCCAUGUCCGUCGUCGCCGUCGCACAAAUUAAUGGUGUUUGGCUCCACGGUGCGUCGCCGGGCAAGUGCCAGUCGAGAGUUGCUCUAGAGUUGUUGCUGCAACAGCAACAGCAGCAACAACAGCAGCAACAGCAGCAAUGUCCCCAGAAGCGUUUCGAGCGAAAAUUUAAAUUUCGCACCGCUGCAACAGCAGCAUCAUCAUCAUCAUCGUCAUCAUCAUCAGCAGCAGCAGCAGCAGCAGCAGCAACAUGA